AUGGUAAAACCAGCUACACAAAGACGCCGUAACAAGGUGUAUCAACAACAAUUACAACAACAACAAUUGCAGCAACAGCAGGCCCAACAAGCCCAAAAACAAAAGGAAGAUGAUGCUGGAGGGUUACACGAUGAAGCUGACGUGAUGUCCUUCCGUUCAGCUGCAGCCCAUAGAUUUAUUUUAAACCAAGAACUAAUCGAAAACGUCACUGAAAAAUGGGUUCAUACAAACGGCAUUAUAAGACCUAAACCAUUUACGCAGUUUCAAACAAAACAAAACAUCAACGAGAUUAAAGAUGAACUAUACUUUGGGAAUAUAGAGUUAAUGCGUCAAAAAGCUGGAAAGUUAGAAAAGGAGCUCGAAGAAGUGAAAGCUGCUACCCAAGAUAUAAAUAAGGGUCCUCAUAAUAAUCGGAAGAUACGAGGAUUUAUCAAUGAGUUGAGUGAGUCCUUUGUUAACCCAGUGUCUCAUAAUGUUGAAACAGUGGAAAAAUCUUUUGAAAAGGUAGUUAAUAAACCAAUAAGUUUUGAACCAUACACCAUUAAAUCAAUACCAAAACUUAAAACAGAUACAUCUGAAGCACCACCAAAUUAUUGGGAAGAGAUUAAAAAAGCUAAAGAGCAAGAAGCAAGUGCUGUCAAUAACCCUUUGGUUAUAUCUGAUCAAGGAUACAUCCAAGAGGAUCCAGUUCAAAAUAAUCCAGAGCCUAUACCCUAUGUGGAAGCACCUCCAGCAUUUGGAACUGAUGACAUUAAUAUGAUUGAUGAUGUGGGAUUUGGUCUUCAUUCUACGCUAGAUGAUCAAGACUUUUUAAGUCAAUUUGAUCAUAGUAUGGAGUAG